AUGAGACAUGGAGUGAGGACGACAUGGAGUGAGGUCGGCGAGCUAAUCUCGGGCCUGUCGGCCGUCAGGUCAUCCUGUGGUCUAUGGAUGUUAAAUUUCAUGGAAUAUUUCACGGGGGAUAUUUUAUCCGACAUUCCUGAACAGGUUAAUAUGACCGAUUUUAGAAACAAAUUAGCCAUAAUUUUGGUGGAUUCACAUUUGAAUGAUGAUAAUAUAAGGAAUCAAGACUUGAAAGAUGAUGAAGAACAAACAUUUGAUCCUACUGAUUGUGUCAUUGUGGAUGGACCUCCUAAUAACAUUAAAACAUCGAAACUAGCGUCACAAAUUGGGUUCAUCUCGCAAUCAUUGCUUCUGUUACCAUCUGCCAAUCCAACAGACCAGGAAUUAAUAGAUGAACUUUGCCUAUACAUCAGCACAGUUGAUGAUAUCCCUUCACUAGAGACCGAAUGGGUUAAAAGUUCGAGUCCUUAUCCUAUUAGUCUUAAUUUAAGACAAAUAAGUAGCAUACUAAAAAUGAAUGAAAAUAUGGACGUUAGUUGCUUUAAUAUGGCUGUACGGAUACUGGCGUGGCACGACAUCCAGCUUGCUAGGGAUGUCCCAGUCCACUACAUGGAUUUGAACUUCUGUUUGAUGUCUCAAUAUGCUCGAGAUCCAAGUCGUAGUGACUAUCCUGACGUUGCUCGGUUGGCUCAGUUGUUUCUUAGCUGGCCUGACAACAAUGAAGUCAAUUAUCUGUUAUAA